CGCUAGGUGCCACCCGCCGGUAAAACAAAAGAAGAAGAAGAAGAAGAAGAAGAAGCAGAGAGGGGCUGGGACCAAACACAGUUGUGUAAGGGCGACCUGACUGUAUUUUUGUUUCGUACCGGAGGCACGAAUUCAAGAUGGCUGUAGCUCUGGUCGACAGAGCUAUAGGGGCCAUUGUAGGGUCAGCCGUGGCAGAUGCAGCAGCUCAGCCUCUCCACUGGGUGUACGACCUGCAGAAGCUGAAGGGUUUUCUGGAGCAGGAUCCGAACCUGGAGUUCCGCCCUGAGUCCGCCAACCCGUUCUACCGGAGGGAGACGGGCCGGCAGAGCUGCUAUGGCGACCAGGCGUUCGUCCUGCUGGAGUCCUUGUCUGAGUGUGGAGGACUAAAUGUUGAUGAUUUGAAGAAGCGCACGCUAAAAUUCUUUGGACCUGGAUCAGAGUAUGACACGCCCAUCAACGACCCGUACAGAGACAGAGGAGGGCCAAGACCUCAGCUACCCAUUGAGGGACCAUGGAGACACGCAAGUUUGAAGAGCUUCCUGAAAAAUGUGGAUGCAGGCAAAGACGAGACAGGUUGCGAGACGGACAUUCAGAUCGAUGGAAUAGCAAAAUUGGCUCCUGUUGUGGCUUUUUAUGCGGGGAAGCCCGACAUGCUGGAAAAGGUUGAGCAAGCCGUCCGUGUCACCCAGAACAACGACGCAUGUGUGGCUGAGACUCUGGCAGCAGCGAGGUUCCUUGAGCAUUUUAUCCUGAACGGCGCUGAUCCAAAAGCUUUGGACUCGGUGCUUGAGCAGCUCAGCGACCCGAACAGAAAGCAGCCGCAGGACUUGGACAAAGCUGUGAUCGGGCAUAUUCUUCAAGUAAAGGAGACUUUGUCCAAGACGCCCCAGGAGCUCAUCCCCACUGUGUUUCCAAACACAUGAGGUUUGCCCGGUGCGUUCCAAGCGGCGCUGCAUGGAGCGCUGACAGCCAGACAGUACGACACGGCUGUCAGGGACACCAUGCGCUGCGGGGGAUGCACCUGUAGCCGAGGCUCCUUCAUUGGAGCCUGUCUGGGAGCUCAGGUUGGCCUUCAGGGAGUCCCGUCUUCCUGGACAUCCAAAACCUUCAGAUAUGCCUCCGUGUUGGAGCAUGCCAAGAAGAUUACAGAGCAUCACAAAUAGCCAUUCUGUUUUCUGAACAUGUAACUUGUUAAACAACCUGAGGCGGUGUAAAACAUCUUGAAACACUGUUGGGCUUUCACAGAGCAGUAAAUGAAGGUUCCUGCUGAAACUGCUUGGUGGCAGGAGCCUGAUGUACGUGUCUCUGUUAAAGUAUGACAUGUCGAUUCAGAUGUUGAAGCACCUGAAUACAUUUACAAUAAAAUCAACCUGAAAAUACAUCCUGACAGUGUUACACUUUUGGUCACAUUCAGCAGGCAACUUAGUUUGGCAAGAGAUGGAAAUACUCGUCAUCUUGAACAUAAUACUAAUUGUAAUGCAAUUCAGAUUAAUUAACAC